AUGCAGUCCUGGUCCAAUGAGUCCCAGUCCGGUUCAGACCCGCUCAGACCCACUCUAGACCCAGGACCAGACUCGGAUCCAGACCAGACUCGGUCCAGGUGUGUCCUGGGGGCGGUGCCUGUGGUCUACUACACCGUCCUGCUGUGUGUGGGGCUGCCAGUGAACUGCGUGACGUUGGCCGCUCUGUACCGUCUCUCCUCUCGCUCUAAGUCUCCGCUCUACUCCUUCCUCAUCUCCAUCACAGCGGCGGACAUCUUGGCUCAGGUGUGCAUCGUGCUGGUGGACUUCCUCUUGGAGACGGCAGUCUUUCAUCGUGCCGUUCCUCCUCUUCUUCUUCAUGCGGUGAGCGCGGCGGAGUUUGCCGCUAACCACGCCUCCAUCUGGGCGGCGGUUCCUCUGACGGUGGACCGGUACGUGGCUCUGUGUCACCCCCUACUGCACCGGAGGAUCCGCUCUCCAACCCGGACACGCCGCACCAUCGCUGUGGUGAUGGCGCUGGCGUUCGCCUCGGGGAUCCCCUUCUUCUAUUGGCCAGAUCUGUGGAGGACGCAGGCCCCGCCCUCUCGCUGGGAUGCUGCUCUCAUCUGGAGUCAUGUGACCAUUAUCUACUUCCUGCCCUGCUCCAUUUUCCUCACCCUGAACUCUCGCAUCAUCUGGACCCUGCGGCACAGGCCCUCCCCCCCUCGCUCCGUGGCCCUCCUCCUCUCCCUCUCGGGUCUCUUCUCUCUGCUGUGGGGCCCUCGGGUGCUGGCUCUCCUCUUGCAUCUCCAUGUUGCGACUGUAAACCGGUCGUGGAGAGUGCACCUCCUGUACGACCUGUCCAACAUGGCCGCCAUGCUCAACACCGCCCUCAACCUGCUCCUCUACAGUGCCACCAGCCAUCCAAUCAGACGCACCGCACGCAACAUAAUCUGCGAGGUCAUCAGGGGGCGGGGCCAACGCAGUCGAGAGGGCAGCAAGAGCCAGGACCCCGACUGAACCAGGACU